AUGACUGGUUAUGAUCCAAUGUCUCUAUCCAUUGAAAUGCCAGAAGUUGAAUUCGGUGAAGCUGCGGAUCUCGGUGAAGAAGCGAUCUAUUAUAGACAUUUCAAACCGGUGAUCUUGUGGAAGCUUCAAAACUGGAUUGGUGUUGGACUUGAGAGGAAGAUGAAAAUUCUUUUUUCAGUUUCAAUCAAAUGUCUGAGAAGAUCAUAUCUUCAAGAAGAGAGGAGAUACGCCGCGGGAAAAGAGAGACAUCAAUGGACGCGUUAA